GGCUUCGACCUCGAGUUUGAUGGCGGCCGCCGGGAUGGACAGGUUCGCGGCCACGAUGGUCUUCUGCGAGGCGCCGUUCGACGGCACCCUCGCCCCCGCGGUGCCCACCGGCCACGACGACGACAAGGCCGAGGGAGCUGCCUCGGUGUUGGAGGUGGCGUCGGCGUUGAUGGAGGCGGCGAAGGAGUACUUCUCCGGCCCCGCGUCGGAGCAGCAGCAGCAGCAGCAACCGGGCAGGGACAGCGUGCCGGCCUUCUUGGACGCCGUCGGCCUGGAGUAUUAUUAGCACAGUAGUAUGGACCAGAAUUAACGUACUUGGUUUUGUUAAAAUUUCGUUCUAGUAGUGAUUGCACUAGUGUACUAGGAUGUUGUUUGUUUUGGAUGAGUGCUGAGUUAGCCUCUGUACAUGAGGCAUUAUAAAUUUGUAAUUUGCCUUGGGAAUCGCUGGACUUUAUGCUGUG